UGUCCACUGAAUCGAACAGCCACCCCGGAACAAGAAGAAGAAGAAGACUGCAACUGUGCCCUCGGCCCACCAGGGCAGCGUGGCCCACCAGGACGGAUGGGUUUCAGAGGUGAAAAAGGGAGGGAAGGACCACCGGGACCUGAUGGUAAGCCUGGUAAAGAAGGUAAACCUGGUGAAGCCGGCCCUCCUGGAUUUCCAGGGAUAAAAGGUGAAGAAGGCCCCCAAGGACUAAGAGGAGAGCCUGGUGUUAAAGGUAUCAAGGGAGACCGAGGGGAACCAGGUCUAACUGGAAAACCUGGACCAACAGGACCACAGGGACUUCCUGGAGAGAGAGGUGAGGCAGGACCUGUAGGAGAAACUGGUCUUAAGGGGGAACCAGGACCACCAGGUAUGGAUGGAGCAGCAGGGCUAACAGGACAGAAGGGGGAGACAGGUGAUGUUGGACCAGCUGGUGAUGUUGGACCUAAAGGUGCCCUGGGUCCCAUCGGACCUCCUGGUGAAACGGGCCCACCGGGAUCUCCGGGCGAACAAGGCUUAGCUGGGCUUCAGGGGCCACCUGGUCUGAAAGGAAACCUGGGAGUCCAGGGACCCCAGGGACCCCCCGGAGAAAUCGGCCAAGCUGGUCCCAAGGGUUCAUGUGGUGAACCAGGAGUUGUCGGCCCUCCUGGUCUUCCAGGAUUAAAAGGUUUGGCAGGGGAGCCAGGCUUUCCGGGCCAACCGGGGGUUGCAGGGCGGCCAGGCUUGAAAGGCCAUAAGGGGGAGAGAGGAGAGAGCGGCUCCAAAGGAAACCGGGGGCAGCGAGGAGAAGAUGGAGAACCAGGAACUCCCGGCGUACCUGGUGAUGUGGGACCCAAAGGAUGGAAAGGAGAGGUUUGUAAAGCUCUUAUUUUGGAGCACAAUAAGUAGCUCCAUCAAGUGUCUGCAGUGGAAGAAGACCAAGAGCUAAUUCCUCAUGCCUGGGGGAAAUCUGCCACCACUUUGGGAAACAUUUACAUCUAAAAAGCACUUAAUGUCAAGUACCUACUGCACUGUGUGGAAACUCAAAUUUAUGAAGAUGCAGUUUCCCACAGCAGCAAUGUAGGAAAUAGAUUACUAAGUGCUAAAUUAUGUAACAAGCUUUGUA